UGCCCUUGUCUGGGACAAACGAUCCCAAUUCCGAACUCUCAAAAAAAGUUGUACAAUUCUAAAAACGGUCAAUAAUUAAUAUUAACUGGGAAAUUAUCUUAUGUAGUUUCUUGCAAUCGCUCUCUGUGAAUUUGAAAAAUAUUUCUCUCAAUACUGUGAUUUCCUACAAAACAUGUGUUUGGAGAUUUGGUGAUUAACGUCAGAAUCCUAAAUGAAUCAGGUUGAGCUACACCGUAAGGACCGUCAUGUUCUGACAUAUCUCCUGGGAAUCAUCAUUUCAAUAUGUGGGAACUUCCUCAUCAGCAUUUCUCUGAAUAUACAGAAAUAUGCCCACAUGCGGCAGUCCCAGCUCGGCGACUCCAGGCCCUACUACACGUCGGUGCUGUGGUGGAGUGGAGUGGUUCUGAUGGGGGUCGGGGAGCUGGGGAACUUCGCAGCCUACGGCUUCGCUCCGGCCUCCCUCAUCGCACCCCUGGGUUGUGUUUCAGUCAUAGCCAAUCCGAUGGCUUGCUGGUUCUGUAAUCCACCAAUCCGUGUGAAGCCGUUCUCUACCCGGGGGCAGGUGCCGGCUGUCACGUGUUCAGUGUAA